AAUGGCGUUUUCUAUACUUUACAGUUCAUCAUCCUGUCAUGCCUCGUGGCCGUCUCCCUAGCCAUGGGAGUCCCCCGUAGCCCUCUCGAGGCAGCGGCGGCCCGUCGCGCGCUCCCCGCGCUUCAACACGAGGAGAUCCACGACGAAUUCGGGCAGUACGCGCUCCGUUACGUCACGGCCGAGGGCACCGUGGUCUCCGAGCGAGGCCGCCUGAUCCCCUCCCCCAGCGGUGGACAUGUCCUCAUCACCGAGGGCGAGACCUCGUACAUCGGCGACGACGGCAAGACCCACAUCACCAAAUACAGCGCUGGUCUUGAUGGCUACAAGGUUGAGGAGAAGACCGCUUGAUUUUGCUUUUCGAAUUCAGAACUGUUUGAAGACG